AUGUUAGGUGAACUAGAAUAUCAAGAGUUUUUACCAGAAGAUGAUUUACUACAAUGUGAAGAAAAUAAAAAAUCAAAAAAUUUGGGUGGUAGGCCCAAGUCACUUGUAUGGGGAACUUACGCUAAACAGGGUGCAGCUUUAAAAAAAGAGGCCAAAAUUUGUAAUAUAAGCGGAGGUGGGUUAAAAAGAUGGGUUAAUACCCAAUGGCACACCAUGUUUGAUUGUGUUGAUUCUAUUAGGCGUCAUAAAGAAGUUUUGGAGAAGUUACAAACAGAUUAUGAAAACCUUCUUCCACAAGCAAUUUUAACAAUAUUACGAUCUCAAGCAAGGAUAUUUGACAAGGAGGAUGAUUUGAUAAUUAGCAAAGAGUUAAAUUUGGACGCAAAUGCAUUUAUAAAAGAUUUAGACGAAAUCAUUGAAGAUAGUGACAAUAUAGGUAUGGAGGAGGAAAAUAUUCAAGAUAUAGUUAUAUCAGAAAAUGAAAGUAGUAUAGAAUGGGACCCUGAUACAGAAGCUGAUAAAAUAAUUGAUGAUAUGUAA